CGGCAACUUUGGCCUGCUUCCUCCUUGCUUAUUUUCACCGUAACCUUCAUCACUAUCCUCUAUGUAUUCCCACAUCUUUACUCAGCAUUCACAGGAAGCUCAUGAUCCCAUCGUGAACAACUCCGUCAAGCAGGACAACUGGCCGGGAAAAUUAGCGUCAUUCUGGCAUGCCUUUGUACAUGGGAGCCUAUCUCAGCCACCACCGCAACGUGCCGACUAUCAUCAUGGACUUUUCAGCGAGACGGAAGAGGAGGAACGGGUGAAGAUGGACUUAAGAGCUGAGGAACUUGAGGAGAAACCGGAAAAGUUAUCGGACUCGUCUUCAUCGACUCUUCCAGUUGUAGCGACUGAGGAGUUGCAUGCCAGUUAUUCACCUAUUUUACCGAAAGGCGAGAUCUCAAUCAAGAUGGAUGUGUUGCAAGUCAUGAAACCCGUCUUGACCGUCGCCGCCAAUUUUCAGAAAGGACUUGUGAAGCGCAUAACAAAGGGAAAUGUCCGGAAAAUCGAGUGGCUCGUACACAGGAUUGACCUAUAUACACGUUUACUGGUGUUUCUUCUCAGCGUGCCCAAGGGAGAGACACCAGCUGGUGUUUUUGCAUUUAAGAUCGCGCUCUAUGAAAAGCUCGAGACGAUUCUCAAAGACUAUGUUGUUAUGGCCGAGGCUCUCAUCAAAGGACUGAAGAUAGCGGUUGAUCUUGGGCAAUGGAACAACCGCAAUGGGAUACUCGCCCAGUAUCAUUUCGCCCAGAUGGAGUGGGACUUUAUUCAGGGAACAAUGAAGAAAGUCCUCGCCGAAGCCCGUUCAGAAGCUUCCACGGACCUCAUUUUGAAUAAACUUGCAAGUGUGCGAAUGUACGGACGAGGAUGAUCAUGCAGGAUGUGGACGAUGGUUCUUGUGGACGCUUGACAUAUGUGGUGUCCUUACCUUUCCUUGCUAUAACUAUCCUCGCCUCUCCUUUCUCUCAUUCGUUAUGUACAUCAUACGUUCGUCUAUUUCUUUGGUGACUUCUUUCCUGCGCCUCUGUCCUACGAAUUACCUGCAAUAUGAUGUCGCUUUGUAAUUGGUUUCAAGUAUGUGUCUCCGCAUGACGCCAACUGCAAGAGACUGAAAGCAAGGCAGUUUCCAAGCUCCAUAGACCUGUCCCGAGGCCUUUACAUUCUAGAUCAUCACGACAUCAGGUCCUAUUAGUGGCGACUGUCAGUAAG